GAGUCGAGACAUUGUUGCAAAAUAAACCUGAGACUUGUCGAGCUGCCUGUGAUGGUUCUCUGAAUUCGAUCGGGAACGGUGGCCGAACUAUUCUUCAGUCUGAGGAUAAGCUACAGUUCAACAACUAUUGGAUAUGGUUUGUCGUUAUCUACUAGACCGCGUGGCAUACAUUAUUCAUCCAACUAGUGGUAGGCAAUAGAUUUUACAGUGUACCGUAUUGUAGCCUAUACAGUAGUCUUUGUUUUGCAUUAGAGGCGAGACCAGAAAAUUGUCACUCUUUCCCAGAAUAUUUAUUACACAUUAAUAACAUUAUCAUUACUUACACAAUAGUAACACUACCUUCACUUACACAUUAGUAACACUAUCAUUGCAAAAUAAGAAAUGGAUGAAUCAAAUGGUUCUUCAAAAAGGACUAUUCUGUGUUUAUUUGACGUGGACGGCACUCUUACCCCACCGAGAGAGAAAAUUGACCCUAAGCUGGAUGAGUUUUUCCAGUCUCUGCGCAGGAAGGUGAAGAUCGGCAUAGUGGGUGGAUCAGACUACUCAAAGAUCGCAGAACAGCUGGGGGAGGGAGAUGAAGUGAUACAGAAGUUUGACUAUGUGUUUGCUGAGAAUGGCACGGUGCAGUACAAAGAUGGGAAGCUCCUUUCCAAACAGGUGGGUGUCACUGAGGCCAUCCAGAACCAGAUAGGAGAGGAACUACUGCAGGACCUCAUUAACUUCUGUCUCAGCUACAUGGGGCUGAUCAAGCUUCCCAAGAAAAGGGGCACCUUUAUCGAAUUCCGCAACGGAAUGCUGAACAUCUCCCCCAUUGGCCGGAGCUGCACACUUGAGGAGCGAAUCGAAUUCUCUGAAAUUGACAAGAGAGAGAAAAUCCGGGAGAAGUUUGUUGCGGCCCUGCAGGAGGAGUUUGCUGGGAAGGGUCUAAGAUUUACUAGAGGUGGUCUCAUCAGUUUUGACGUGUUCCCUGAAGGCUGGGACAAGAGGCUCUGUCUGGACGUGCUGGAAGGGGAGGGCCUGGACGCUAUCUACUUCUUUGGCAACGAGACGUCGUCUGGGGGAAACGACUAUGAGAUCUUCAACGACCCGCGCACCAUUGGUUUCACAGUAUACUCACCAGAGGACACAGCCAGGCACUGUCGAGAGAUUUUCUUCAAAGCUCCCACCAAUGAGUCGUGAUAAAUCGUGCAGCAGGCACUCUCACAGUCAGCUUCCCCUGGGUUCCCCCUGUUGUUGUGGGCAGUUAUUAAGAGCACCUGAAGGAGAAGAGGUGGAAAUGGGAGGUAAACCACUACAGAUUUGUAAUCAAUGCGUUGUUGUUGUAUAAUAUUAUUCUAACUAGCACUGGACAUAUAAAGGGAUCAUCAGUAAUUCACAUUGGCUGGACUCCCAUGGAAAGUACUAUGAGAUGUGGACAGAUCUGCUUUUUUAAAGGGAUGGUAGCUCAAACAAUGUGAGGAAGUGUACUAAUGUUUUCAGUUUUUUAUCAUGACUAAGUGUUUCUCUAAGGUUUUAAUGUAAUAUCUGAUUAUUUAACAUCUAUCAACCCAAUGGUUUUUGUAGCGUGUCCCUGUAUUUGUAUGUAACAUCAAAUGAACCAUAAUGUCUUAUAGGCCCUCCUGUAAGACAAUCCUCUUGUGAAUAUCAUGUGAAGACAUAUAUACAUUUUGAGUAUAUAAUGUAAAUACCCACUUAUGUUUUGCACUAAUAUUGAUACAGUUAUCUGACAAACUGGGUUUUGGAUCAUUUGUUUUCUUUGUGAAUGUAGAAAGUGACUGGUGUUGUCUUUGAACAAAAUGGAGCGAGACAGAAGAGAGAAAAUUUGUUUUUUUUUGCUCUGUGCCAGUCCACUUUCAGAUUAAGUGCCUAUAGAAAGUCUGCACCCCCUUGAAUUUGUUUCACAUUUUCUUCUGUUACAAAGUGGGAUUGAAAUAGAUUAAUUGUAAUUGUUUGUCAAGUUUUUUAUAAAUGUAAAAAAAUAUAUAUAUAUAACUAAAAUAUAAUCAUUCCUUUAAGUAUUCACGCCCUUUGUUUAGGCAAGCCUGAAUUAGUUUAGUCAAAUGUGGCUAAACAAAUCACAUAAUAAUUUAUAUGGACUCACUCUGUACUCUGUGUGAAAUAAUAGGGAUUGACAUUAUAUUUUUUUAUGACCACCUCUUCCUCUGUCCUCCCAGGGCUUUUUCGAAAGCUUCAAAAAUAAAGGGCA